AUGCACAAUAUCAAUCCGUCGAUGAUGCUGAUUCGUAUUUACUUUUUUAUUCUGAUUAUUUCCUAUACGAUCACAAGCCAUGCUUUUCCAUCUUUCGAACCGUUAACAGAAAAGCAAUGUCAGGCAUAUAUAUUUUCUAAUGAUCGUCGAAAAAUGAUUUAUGCAUAUUUUGCUUGUCCGAGAAACUUACAAGCCAAAUAUAGAACCAUCAAAUCAACGAUCGCGAAACGCUAA